CAGCCCGCCACGCCGCGGCACGGGCGGCAGCCGCUCCGCUCGCUGCGGGCUGGGGCUAUCCCGGCCCUCUGCUUCGGAGCCGGUGCGGGGCGGCGAGUCCUCGGCUGGUGCCGGCUGCCCCCCGAGCCCAGCCCCUGCGGGCGGAGGCCGCUGGCCCUGCCGGCCCAUGCAAGGAAGAUGCUGGAAAGCGGCUGCAAGGCGGUAAAGGAAGGCGUGCUGGAGAAGAGGAGCGACGGGCUCCUUCAGCUCUGGAAGAAGAAGCGCUGCAUCCUCACCGAGGAGGGGCUGCUCCUCAUCCCCCCCAAGCAGCAGCCGCCGCCUCCGCAGCAGCAGCAGCAGCAGGAGCCGCCAGUGCCGGCCGAGCCGGCGGCCAAGAUAAAGGAGCUGCACUUCUCCAACAUGAAGACGGUGGACUGUGUGGAGCGGAAGGGCAAGUACGUGUACUUCACGGUGGUGAUGGCCGAGGGGAAGGAGAUAGACUUUCGGUGCGCGCAGGAGCAGGGCUGGAACGCGGCGAUCACGCUGCAGAUGGUGCAGUACAAGAACCGGCAGGCCAUCCUGGCCGUGCGCUCUACCCGGCAGAAGCAGCAGCACCUCGGGCAGCCCCACGGCCCGCGCCUCCGCACCGCCUCCAACUCCACAUAGGGCAGGUGAAGUCAAGGGAGCCAUUUGUGGAAGCGGGACUGAGCGUGUUUGUUGCGGACUUGGUUCUGUUGGUCAAACCCGGGACAAACGCCAGAGAUACAGGUAGACUUGGGAACUGCGGCUCAACAACCUGGAUCCCUACCUAGCUGCUGCCCCUGCUGCUGCUUUGCCGCUCUCCGUGCCAAGAAGCAUUUCAGAUCUGUUAUUUAUGAACCUUGGAAAGGAUCCUUUGGCGCGAUGGGACUUCUGGAGACAUGAUAUACUGUAACUUUUAUUUUAAUGUAUUUUAUUUUAUUUUAUUUAUUAGGGUUGGUUUCGGUUCUAGUUUUUUUCUUUGUGGGUUGUUUUGUUUUGUUCUGUUUCAAAAAAAGGCUUGUUUGCAAGACAUUUCUGAAUGUAGGCCGUAUCCAAAAGCAAGGGAAGAAACAGUGUGUACAUUAGCUCCCGAAAGAAAAUGAAAUCUACUGGAUACUUCGGUUGUGUGCAAUUUCACAAAAGAGUUUUUAAUUUUUACCCGAAAUACACUGUAUUACACCAACAGAGAAAAAUGUGAUGUGUUGUCUGGAAUUUUGCUUGAAGCCUCUACAGCAUAUGAAGACUUUUUAAAAAUGAGAAUAUCAAUUACAAUCUGGGUUUUAAAUUAUUUCCCUUUAAAAUUCAAAUGGUGUAAGGUGAUAAAAUCUUACAAUCUCUUGGUUCAAAAAAGUAAUGUUGAUUGUUAUGCUGAGAUUAAAACCUGCAUGUUUAACCUAUGAUCAGAGGGUUAUCUGCCCAGCUUAUUUUACAAUGUGGGAAUUGCAGCUGGAUUCCAGUUCCCCCGUUAAUGUGCUUGCUCCUGGGCUGGAGGGUCAGAGCUGAGAAGCAUUUAUGAAUGUUUGUUAGUGUCCAAGUUCAGGACUCCCUCUGCAUGGUUGGUUUCUAAGUGGUCUGAGCUCUCAACCUUUCUUGAAUUUUCACUGGCAGAUUUUAAAUGUCUCACAUUAAAGUAUACCCUAGUUUAAAAUCCAUUUUAUCUUCAUCUUAGUGUGUGAACGGAUUAUUUUGGUUCUAGAUUUCAUAAACUGAAAUUUGCUGUCUAGCUGAGAUAAUCUAGAUUAAUUUUGGUGUUCAGUGCUGCCAGACGUUGAGAGAGGUAUGUGAUCUUGCCUCUAAAAAUGUUGAGGAAGCCGUGAAGUUGGAAAACAAAGGCUUUUCCCUUGCAACCGUGUUGCAACAAAGGUUUGCACAGUUGAUGCGUCCUCCUCUGCCUCUUCGCAGUCAGUGGGAGUUCAGGUGUGGGUGCUGGCAAGAGCAGGUUGGAGCAGUUUGCCCCAGUGCUGGCAAGGGAGCCUGGCAGAGACAGCUCAGUGUGGUCUCUGGGUCAGAGCUCUUCGUGUGAUGGGUGAUUUCAUGUUGUGAUUUCAUGCCUCUAGAGCCUGGGCUAAGUGGGGAGGUUGUAAGGAAGAUGGAGCGAUGUGGCCCAUUAUUUCUGGUUCAAGGCAAAAAGCUUCAUCCAUGAAGCUAUUAAUUUUAACUAGCAUGGUAAGGAAAAUGGCUUUUCCUCCCUUUGCUAGUUAUCUGAAUGUAAAUUUGAUCUUUUAAAGCCUUACAUCCAGGAGUUUUCUGUUUGUGUAACUGAGGUGCAGCCUGACCGUGUAAAGCCCCACAUCCUUGGUGCGAGCUGUUUCUGUGUUUAAAGCAAAAGCCUGAAGUGACACUCAAAGGAAAAUCUCAGAAUUGGCUGCUGCAUGUCCCUUCCUCUGCACCCUGAGCUUAAGCUCAGAAAUAAAUUGAGAUAUCUUUUAGCCCUCUUCUUCUAUUCCUUGUCCCCAGGUGCUGGGGUCAUGUAUGUAGGUGUGCUAAACAUGUCAUGGUGCAGAAUUAAAGCCUGGACCUCAGCAGUCCUCUGUGUCUACUCCCAAGAACUUCUUUCCUGUCUGGCUCAUGCCAAGGUUGUGUGACAAGCUUUGGGUGAUAGAUUACAGCAGUCCUAACAAAGUUAUUUCUUUAGGGCUCAUUGAAACUGAAGGUGCCCUGCAUCUUCAAGAAUUAGAUUCACAGUCUUGGCAAUCGUAAUAGCCAAUUUCCAUAUUUCUAUACAUGUGCCAUUAUCAUUCUGCUAAUUUUAGAGCUGCAAGGGGAUUCUCUAGUGAACUUGUGAAAGACUCACAAAAUAGACUGUAAUUUGUAAUUUGGCUCUUUUCUUCGGAGUCAUUAAUUACAGUUUACUGAGUAACUAAUCCACCUUUUCAGAUACACAGAUGUAUUGCUCACCUACUAACAUACAUUUUAGUCAACUGAAAGAUAAAUGUAACUGUUGAAAAUUUAUUCUUAUGUGAUCAGAAACACAUGUAAUUCUCUAGGAGAGGCAGAUAUUCCUGUCCUCUGUGGAUGCAAAACUCUGAGCGACACAAAAGUCCAUGAAUCUAGUGUAAAGCUGAAAUUUUGCUGCUCUUCUGGAAGUAUUUGUACUUCAAAAAUGAAAGGUGGUAAUUUUAGUGAUAGAAUUGACAUUAAGGUUUGAGAUAACAGUUUUCAUUUUGAAUUUGAAUUUGAUGGUCUUUUUCAGUAGUUCAAGGUUGCCAUCCCGUUUUCACCUGUUGUUUCUCAUUUUAAGUUGGUCUGAAGGAUGCUUUAAAAAACAUUUGGACUGAUACAGUUCUCCAACAAACUGUUGCCAGUUGUCAUUGCCUGUUGUGUUAAUUUUUAAAAAACUCUUAAAGUGAGAGAUUGUCACAUCACAAAAUCCACCCUGAGCAGAUUCCUGUGCCUGCAGUCUGAGUUGGUGGCGUGAGUGUGAAACCUCACCUUUGGGCCUCCAGGCUCAUCUCCUGAAAACAAAUUUGCUGGGUUUCCCUGGGGACAGCCAGACUGUGUGGCUCAUGCCAUGUAUAAAUAAGGCUAAAUUGUCUGACAUUGAGAAUCCAGCAACUUUCUCAUGCCCCAAAUUCCACAGUUUGUUUGGUUUUUAUUUUUUGGGUUGUUUGUUUGUUUUUUUUUUUUGACUGGUAGUAAUUUUAGAGAAAGAAGUUGUUUGAUGUUACAAAUGAGGUAGUUCUGGGCUUUUUUUGGCAUGUGCCUCUACCGCUGCAUGCUCUUUGUUUGAGCUAUUUGAUAGAUACCGUCACCACCUUUUAAGCAAUGGCUAUCGAAGUAGGUUCAGCAGAUGACGGUGCAUCUAAUUGGAGCUUUGAAUGUUGUCCUUCCCCUUACAACAGCUACAAAACCAAACCAAACCAAAAAAGUUUUGAAUUUUCUUUUUUGUUUGAAGUAAAGUCGAGACUAAACAAAAACUGCCAGUAAAGCACAGCCUCAUAAAUGCAUGGUGUAAGUAGUGAAAGUGUGAACAGCCGGUUAGUUCAUAAAGAGGUGAAGAUUAUGUGUCCUAAAAAAGAAAUUAAAGAAAUUAAGAGGCAGAUUCAGCAAGAGAAUUCAAGCUGUGGUGGCCAAGAAAACUUAACUGGGGGAAAAAGAAGAUCAAGGAGAUGUUGCCUGGGUGACAUCCUGAAGUAAUUCCUCAUUUUUAAGGUUCAUGACAUGCAAGUGCCAGUUUCUGAAUUCUAGCUGCAGUGAUGUACUAAGUGUUUCCUAGCAUAUCCUAUUGUGUUGUCAAGAAAACAAGUGUGUAAAUAUGACUCAUAAAUGAUUUCUGAGAAGUGUGAUUUAUUUUUCAUAUUUUUCAAGAUGCAUUCCAUUUCAAAUAAAGAGUUAUCUAUUGAAAGAGCUCUUGA